GACACCGGAGAGUACACAUUUCAGAUCUGGAUGGGACGGACGGGACGGGGACAAUUCCAUCGGCGUCACUUCUUUUUUUCCCCUUUCUCUCCAAUCUCUCUCUCCCUCCACUCCCAUCCCUCUGCAGUCGCCCUCCCUCCAUACAACAUUGCCGCUUAAUCACCCAGCAGCAUCUGGGUUUUUCUCUUGCUGCGGUUGAUUCUUUCCUUUUCAUUUAAUUCUCCUUCUUUCAGUACCCGGGGAGACAAGCGCCUCUAUGCACUCUCAAGUUGGACCACGCCCCUAGCCUUUUAUCGAUCCCUCCCAAAGGUAGCCUCGGGGAGGCCAACACUUCCCCCCAUCAAUGGCUAUCCUAUCGAUGGUGCCAGCGCUGCUUCUUGCGCUGGCAUCAUGCACCCCGGCCGUCGCCGCCCAGAGCGCCUCCGAGUACUUCGUCCACGACCUGCCCGGCGCACCCAAGGAGCCCUUCAUUAAGAUGCACGCUGGACACGUAGAAGUCACACCCGAACACAAUGGCAACCUCUUCUUCUGGCAUUUCCAGAACCAGCACAUCGCCAACAAGCAGCGCACCGUCAUCUGGCUUAAUGGCGGCCCGGGAUGUAGUUCCGAAGACGGCGCCCUCAUGGAGAUCGGCCCCUACCGCCUCAAGGACAAGGAGCAUCUCGAGUACAACAACGGCUCCUGGAACGAGUUCGCCAACCUGCUCUUCGUUGACAACCCUGUCGGCACCGGUUUCAGCUAUGUCGACACCAACAGCUACCUGCACGAGCUACCCGAGAUGGCCGAUCAAUUUGUCCAGUUUCUCGAGAAAUGGUUCGCCAUGUUCCCCGAAUACGAGCAAGACGACCUUUACAUUGCAGGUGAAUCCUAUGCCGGCCAGCACAUCCCAUACAUAGCGAAGCACAUCCUUGAGAGGAACAAGAAACCAGGAACCAAGACCACAUGGCAGCUGAAGGGUCUGAUCAUGGGCAAUGCAUGGAUCUCUCCCAAGGAGCAAUACGACGCCUACCUCAAGUACGCAUACGAGAAGAAGCUCAUCGAGAAGGGCUCUCCCGUCGCACUCAACCUGGAGCAGCAGUGGCGCAUCUGUCGCACAUCGCUAGCUGUCGGCAACACAGUCGACUUCUCUGAGUGCGAGACUGUUCUGCAGAACCUGCUCGAGCAGACGGCCAAGGUCAACUCCAAGGGUGAGCGCGAGUGCAUCAACAUGUACGACAUUCGCCUGCGCGACACCUACCCCUCGUGCGGUAUGAACUGGCCCCCAGACCUGGUCAACGUGACGCCGUACCUCCGCAGAGCCGAUGUGGUCAGCGCCCUGCACAUCAACCCCCAGAAGAGCACGGGCUGGAGCGAGUGCAGCGGAGCCGUCGGCGCCGCUUUCCGCGCUCAGAACUCGGCGCCAUCGAGAGACUUCCUGCCCGAUCUUCUCAAGGAGGUACCGGUCGUCCUCUUCUCUGGCGCCGAGGACCUUAUCUGCAACCACAUGGGAACGGAGGCCAUGAUUGGCGACAUGGAAUGGAACGGCGGCAAGGGCUUCGAGCUCACGCCCGGCAACUGGGCCCCGCGCCGCGACUGGACCGUUGAGGGCGAACCUGCCGGUUUCUGGCAAGAGGCCCGCAACCUCACCUACAUCCUCUUCUACAACUCAUCCCACAUGGUGCCCUUCGACUACGCCCGUCGCAGUCGUGACAUGCUUGACCGCGUCAUGCAGGUCGAUAUCAGCUCCGUCGGUGGCAUGCCCGUCGACUCCCGCCUUGACGGCGAACAGGGCCCCGCCACGUCGGUCGGCAACAUCGGCAACAGCACUUCCGCCGACGAGGAGACGCAGAAGAAGCUGGACGACGCCAAGUGGAAGGCGUACUACCGCUCUGGCGAGAUUGUCCUCGUCAUCGUCAUCAUUGCCGCCGGCGCCUGGGGCUGGUACAUCUGGCGCGAGCGCAGCAAGCGCAGGGGCUACGCCGGCAUCAUGGGAAACACGCCGCCGACCACCCAUCGCGGCACCUCGCGCGGCCUCGAGGGCUUCCGUGAUAGGCGGACCGCACGGGACGUCGAGGUGGGCGAUUUUGACGAGAGCGAGCUGGACGACUUGCACGUGGCGACGCCGACAACAGAGAUGGACAAGGACCGCUACAGCGUCGGGGGGGACAGCGACGACGAGCCGCACGAGAAGCCCUCGGCAGCGAACGGAAGCCGCUCGGCGCGGUGAAGAGGAGCCCGAAAACUUCUAGCUAUGUGAAGAUAAGUCGGUUUUGGUUGAACUACUUGAUGCUCCUCAAGAACAAAUGCAUGGAAAGUUUAGCAAAGAUGAUUUCCCUUUCAUCGCUCUUCUCAGAAAGGGGGUACGGAUGAGAGAUACUGGGAAAUUCUGCACGGGACGGAGUUUUUGUGUUGCGUCUUGUUUAAGGAAUGGAGUUGAGAAAAUAGUCACGCCUCUUUCUUAGGAGGGAGAAAGUGAUCAAAAUUUCCAUUUGAAUUACGGCCCAACCCCGAAUGAUUUUCAUACCACGAGGCAUAUAUAAUGGCACAACCUAGUCCCGUUGCUGAUGACU